AUGUGCCCCCGCCCGUCACGUGUGGGGACCCACUCUGAGCCGGGCGCCCGGGGCUCUGGCCUGUGUGCCCUGAGCAGCAGGGGACGCGAGGAGGCCUGGGCGGGCCACGGGCGGAGGAGCCUGAGCGUGGACCGGAGCCGCUGUCCUGGCUCUCGUCCCCCAUUCUGGGUGGCUGUGGGGCGGUCCGGCCACCGCCCCCCACCCCCUGCCUCACGGAGCCCGCUCUGCCCCAGCGAGGUGUUCUGCCGGGACGGCAAGGUGCUGCGGGAGGGGGACCGAGUGACCAUGCCGCGGCUGGCCGUCACCUACGAGACACUGGCCUCCGAGGGCGCCCAGGCUUUCUACAACGGGAGCCUCACGGCCCAGAUUGUCCGCGACAUCCAGGAGACUGGGGGCAUCGUCACGGCCAAGGACCUGAACGACUACCGCGCGGAGCUGAUCGAGCACCCACUGAGCAUCAGCCUCGGGGACGCCCGGCUCUACGUGCCCAGCGCCCCCCUCAGCGGGCCCGUGCUGGCCCUCAUCCUCAACAUCCUCAAGGGGUACAACUUCUCACGGGCGAGCGUGGAGACCCCUGAGCAGAAGGGUCUGACCUACCACCGCAUCGUGGAGGCCUUCCGCUUCGCCUACGCCAAGAGGACCCUGCUGGGGGACCCCAAGUUUGUCAGUGUGACUGAGGUGGUCCGGAACAUGAGCUCCGAGUUCUUUGCGGCGCAACUGCGCAGCCGCAUCUCCGACAACACCACGCACCCCGCCUCCUACUACGAGCCCGAGUUCUACAUCCCAGACGACGGGGGCACUGCCCACGUGUCCGUGGUCUCGGAGGAUGGCAGCGCCGUGGCGGCCACCAGCACCAUCAACCUCUACUUCGGGUCCAAGGUGCUGUCCCCGGUCAGCGGGAUCCUGUACAAUGAUGAGAUGGACGACUUCAGUUCCCCCAACAUCAUUAACCAGUUCGGGGUGCCCCCCUCACCGGCCACCUUCUUCAAGCCAGGUGCGUGGGGUCCGGAGGGCGUCCUGGGCCCCGCUGAGGCCUCCCUCUCUCCCCCGUCCCAGGCGGUGACCACAGGCCUGAAGAGCCGGCACCACCACACCAAGGAGGUGUCCACCUUCAUCGCAGUGGUGCAGGCCAUCGCCCGCACGGACGGUGGCUGGGCGGCCGCCUCUGACUCCAGGAAAGGCGGGGAGCCGGCUGGCUACUGAGGGUGCGGGGCGGGCCAGGCUGGGACUUGGGGGACGGGCUUCUCCCGCGAGGGGCAAAGCAGUGCAAUAAAUGGGGCCUCGGCGCCAGGUGCUGCUGGGCUCCCGAUUCCCUGG